ACUACUAUACAGCUAUAAUAAGGUUGUUUCUGUGUGUGUUUGCUCGUUUGUUUAGUGUUACGAAGGAUGAAGUUUUUUAUUUAACAUCCACAGCACAGUCUAGAGAAACGAAUUGAGCUAUAUAAUGUUUGUUUUAAUUGAUAAUACAAUUGUUAAAUCAUGCAAUAGAGGCAAUACAUUAUACAGAUGCUCAUAUUUAUGACAUUCUGGUGAGCAGCGUCUGUGUAUGUUUCGAUCGUCGACAGCAAACAUUCAUCGUCGCUUUCUGUGUCAGAUUCUGUUCUACUACCAGUACUAUCAUCUUCAGAUUGGCAAAUCAGUGCCAUUCUGCUCGUAUACAGUGUACGUAAUUUUAUAAUGUAAUUUGUAUUUAAACAAUGAAGAGGUCACAUUUUAAUAGUUAAAUCAACCUCCAACAGAAUAAGCGAAACUCGUAUUAUAUGGUGUUAUGGUGAACUGUGCCGUCCAGUGGUGUAAAAACUCAAGCAAAGGGAAAAGCACGUCGAAGUUAGAAGGCCGAACUUUUUUACGCUUCCAUACUCUGCCAAAGAACUCUGCCAUGUCAAAAAAAUGGAAGGUGAGAAUGGGACGUAGACCAAAGGACAUAACGGCAACCAUGGCCGUUUGCUCCGAUCAUUUCAACGACUCUGAUUACAAGGACAUCCUCCGCACACAGCUGAUGUCCUAUAAAGGCAUGCAAAUCAUCCUAAAAGCCAAUGCUGUGCCGAAUACUGACCAGGAUACCGGCGAAAUGAGAUCACAGGCUGAUAGUCCGUGUGUAACUGGUCGAUCAAGGAAGAGAGUUCGGAGGGAUGCCACGUCUGUUGAUGCCUUCAUAGCAGAGCAAGAGGCGAUACUGGGAAUAGACCAGACAUCAGCAGCCCCUGAUGUUGUGGACGACCAGCUUCCAGGCCCUGAUGUUGUGGACGACCAGCUUCCAGGCCCUGAUGUUGAAGACGACCAGCUUCCAGGCCCUGAUGUUGUAGACGACCAGCUUCCAGGCCCUGAUGUUGUAGACGACCAGCUUCCAGGCCCUGAUGUUGUAGACGACCAGCUUCCAGGCCCUGAUGUUGAAGACGACCAGCUUCCAGGCCCUGAUGCUGUAGACGACCAGCUUCCAGGCCCCGAUGUUGUAGACGACCAGCUUCCAGGCCCUGGACCUGACGCAGACGAGCCCGAUCAACCUGUACCUCAUAUCUGCAUUUGCAACACCCAGAGAAGAGCAGCUAGCACCCAGACUGAGCUUAGCUACCCCGAGUUACGACCUGAAUGUGGCUACUAUUCGGAUGAUGAUGAUAAAGACGGUGAACUGGGAUGCAGAUGAUCAAGCCUCAAGGGCGGAUAACCUGUAAAACAAAGACACUCGGAGUUCGUGGCAACUUCGCUACAGAGAGAACGACUCCUAUCAGCUGGGUUCUCGUUAGCGUGCCGCUCCAACUGCAGUUGUUUAUAGCCUGUCAAGAAUGUGGCAGCCGAAUACUAAGUCGUUCUGCCAGGUUCAAGGAAACUUGUGUGGUAUCCGUUGGAUUGGGAAACAUCGGAGGUAUGCAUUACCAGCCUGUGUAAUCGGGGAAAUAAGAAGACUGUACCCUUCAGCUUCAGGUCAAUACACAGCCUUUAAGGAGUCUCAAUUUUUCUCCCGUCCAGAUUUUCUCAAUUUUUCUCCCGUCUAGAAUAGGCUGCAUAUUCCUUGAAACUGUUUUCACGAUUGUAAAAUUUAAGAAUACAAUUUGAUUUUUAGUUAUGUUAUAACUUUAUAAGCAUG